GCAAAGGCCUGCGGGGUUGGCGGACCGACGAGGGCGACCCGACCCGACCCGAUCGGACUCGGAGACCAGCCAAGCUCCGGCGCGGUGCCUCCAGCUAGCAGAGGCAGAGCGCCGCUGUGCUCCUGUGCUCGCGCUCACUCCGACUCACCGCCGUGAGCCCCCAUGGACGGCCCCCGUUGGACGGAGGAGGUGGACGACCUCGUCGACGCCGGCGACGUCGACGGCGCUAUCGCCCUGCUCGAGUCCGUGGUCUCCAACCUCUCCACCUCCGCCGCAGCCGCUCCCCCAGCUGCCGACCUCCGCCUCGCCACGGCGCUCGGCGACCUCGCGGGCCUGCACGCCUCCCGCGGUAACACCCUCCGCGCCGACGAGCUCCGCGCCCGCGCCAUCGUCCUCCGAUCCCGCGCCGCUGCCCCCGGGGCCCUAGGAGAUAAGGAGCCUUCAGAGAAAUGUUCAUCACAAGAGAGUCUUAUGGGUUUGAAGGACUCUGAAGGCUCAGCUAAUACUGAUGAUAAAAACAAUGAAGAUGAAGAGGAUGAUUGGGAGUCUAUUGCAGAUUGCGGUGCACUUGAUGACACACUAGCGCGCUCCCUUGAGCAAGAAGCUAGAGUACCUUCCUGUAGCUCGUCAGAGAGAAGUGGCACCCCAUCUUCAGGGCCCAAAAGGAGGGGUAGGGGCUCAUUUCUUUACAAUAAGAGUGUUCUAUACAGUGACCAGUGUGGUUCGGAAAGAGAUUUGGAUGACAAAGAGUCUAGUCCUCAGGGUCGAUCUGGAUCAAAGGGCCAUGUGAAUGAGCGGGAGAACAGUGCUGUUACAGCUGCCGCACAGUUUGGGACAAGGCAUGUCCUUGUUUUAUAUGACUUUUCACCGAGCACACACACAACAGAUCUGGAAAGGAUUUUUGAGAAGUUUGGUGAUCAUGAAGUUGCCAUUCGCUGGGUUAAUGAUACUUCAGCACUUGCUGUUUUUCGGACUCCAUCAGCUGCUAUUGAGGCUCAGGCUUGCAUACCUCCAAGAUACAAAGUGCGGUCACUGAAAGGGGACGAUGAUCUAUUGGCAAAAAUAGAUGGUAGAGACUUAGAACCGCCCAAGCCAAGACCAAAGACAUCUGCAAGAACAGCUCAAAGGCUAAUUGCUCAUGGAAUGGGAUUGAAGCAGUUUACAAACUUUGGAACAGAUGAGCUGAAGAAACAGGAGGAAGAGAGGAAGAACAGAAUUGCUGCUCGACAGUCUAUGCGUGAUGAGGCUUGGGGUUCGGACUAAUCCAGAGCAUGUCAAAGUGGCUGGUUGCAUCAAAUCGCGGCUGCCAGUUUGUCACACCGGUGUUUUAGAUGCUUGUACUCUUUACAUUGUUUGAUGUCAAUUGGUUCCGAGAGAUCUGAGACACAACAAGAGUGGCAUGAAGUCAUGAAGACAUAGAGAUGUAACCAGAUCGCUUGUCAGAGUGAUGCUGAGUGCACAGAAUGUUGUAUUGGAAUAGUGAUCGGUACCCGGGAUGGGCUUUUUCCCGAACUGAAUGCAAAGUGCGGUAUUCAGUGAAUAGUUCAUAGUUGUACCUGUAGUGGCAGAGCUGCGAAUGUUAUGUCUGGUGACAAGCAUCUCGGCCCGUAAUGAAUGUCAGUCCAAAUGUUUCUAAGACAUGUCAUGGAGCGGCUAAACAGCUUAGUGAAAAUUUUAAAA